AUGGCGACCCUGUCACUUCCUCAUUUCUCCAUCCCGGUCAUCAUACUGUCCUUAGUGGUCAUCUUUGCUCUCCGGCGGAUAUGGUAUGAAAUGACCACUGGUGCUCGAAGACAUCGUAUGAUUCGGGAUCAUGGUUGUCAACCUCCCUAUGCCUACCCUCACAAGGGCAUUAUGGGCAAACUAUGGGGGUUGGACGUCAUCAAGGAGCUGGUCCGGUCGGCGAAAGAAGGAAAUAUGCAUGAAGCCACACGGUUACGAAAUUGGUCUGGUGGAAGAAAGACCCUCACUUUCAAAAUGCUCAACAAAUGGAUGAUUUCUACCAUUGAGCCCGAGAAUGUUAAAACCAUCUUGUCCACCAAAUUCGGUGAUUACUCAUUAGGAGAGAGGAGGAAAGAAGUUUUCAUCCCCAUCUUUGGCCAUGGCAUCUUUUCCACCGACGGAGCCUCCUGGGAGAGAUCUCGUGCCAUGGUGCGGCCGAAUUUCACUCGCCAACAAGUGGCAGACCUCGACAUGUUUGAGGCGCACGUGUCCCACCUGAUCGACUCCGUUCCACGCGACGGAUCAACCGUCGACCUGCAGGAUCUCUUCUUUGGCUUGACCAUGGAUUCAGCCACCGAAUUCCUCUUUGGCCGAUCGACCAACACUCUGGCCCCUGGUCUGGAGACUAAAUCAGCCAACGAGUUUGUUAAGGCUUUUGUGUACGUGACUGAAUCUGUUUCAAAGAACUUCCAGUUGGGCGGUCUGGACAAAUAUGUUCCAGACCCAAAGUGGCGCAAGAGCGUCAAGAUCAUCCAUAACUUUGCCGACCAGAUUAUUCAUGAGGCGAUGGAGGAGCUGCGGACCAAGGAGCGGUCGGGGACUGGGCGCUACGUGUUCCUGCACGCCCUGCUCAAUCAGACGCGUGACCCGUACGCUCUUCGCUCCGAGCUGCUCAAUAUUCUCCUGGCUGGCCGCGAUACUACGGCAGGUCUGCUAUCGAACACGUGGCACGUGCUGUCCAAGCGACCGGACAUCUGGGCCAGACUGAAAGCCGAAGUCGAUGGCCUAGGAGGCGAGCGACCGGACUACCACAUGAUCAAAGAAAUGAAAUACCUGAAAUGGGUGUUGAACGAAUCUCUCCGUCUGAUGCCUGUGGUGCCUGCCAACAGUCGUGAGGCGAUCCGCGACACAAUCCUGCCGCUGGGAGGCGGCCCAGAUGGCAAAUCACCAGUGCUGGUCACCAAGGGAACAGUGGUAGGAUACUCACCCUGGUCGAUGCACCGACGGGAAGACUUCUACGGAUCUGACUCACUUGAAUUCAAGCCGGAGCGAUGGGAGACUUUGAGGCCAGGCUGGGAAUAUUUGCCGUUCAACGGGGGCCCGCGUAUCUGUGUGGGCCAGCAGUAUGCGUUAAUGGAGGCCAGCUAUGCGACCAUCAGGCUGAUGCAGACGUUCGCGGAGAUCGAGAGCCGCGAUGAGCGGGAAUGGCGGGAAUGGAUGACGGUGACAUUGGCCUCUGGUGUUGGAUGUAAGGUUGCCUUGUUCGAAAAGUGA